AUUUAUCAUUCACAACUUCACCCUCAUGAUUAUUUCUGGACUUGCAGUGCAGUUUCAUAGCCAUAUAAAGAGCAUCUCUCCGCAUAUAAAGGAAACAGCUGCUGUGGUGUUGUUGGUGAAGACUCAGGAUUUACAGGAAUAAUGAGCGCAUCCAAACCCCAGGAAAGCGGUAAGGUGCGAAUCGAACCCUCUCUGAAUAAGGAGGAGGAGGAGUUUGUAGCCGGAAGGAAAAAAUCUGUUCUAGAAAGCCUGAAGAAGCUUCAGAUACAGUGCAGUCAGAAUGAGGUGCCAAACAUUGCCUUACUGGGUUCUGGAGGAGGAGAAAGAGCCAUGGUGGGUUUGCUGGGAUCCCUGGUUCAGCUCCAGAAAACAGGUCUUCUGGACUGUGUCCUUUAUCUGAGCGGAGUCUCUGGAUCCACCUGGUGUAUGGCCUCCUUAUAUAAGGAACCAGACUGGUCCACCAAACUAGAGACCGUGAAAGACAAGAUCAUCCAGAGACUCAGCGGUCCUAAAGUCAGCUGGAGAGAAGCAUUUGCCAAACUGAAGAAAUAUUACUAUGAGAAAGACCACUUCAGUCUGACUGACAUCUGGGCAGUGAUGGUCAUCACAUCAUUUGUGAAAGAGAUCGACGAACACACACUCACAGAGCAGUGGAGCCAGCAGAGCAAAGACGGUAAAGUCCCGUUUCCCAUCUACACCGUGAUCGACAAGAAGUGCAAACACCACAAUAUCGGAGACCCCUGGUUUGAGAUCACUCCACAUGAAGCAGGUUAUUCUCUCACUGGAGCGUUUGUGGACGCCUCCAACUUUGGCAGUCAGUUUCACCAAGGCUCCAAGAAAAAUCAGCAGAAUGAAUUUGACAUGCUGUACCUGCAAGCUCUAUGCGGAAGCGCUUUAGCUGAUGAAGUGGAGAUUAAGAAACUCCUCUGGGAAAAUAUUAAAGACUUCUUUCAACAAAAGGAAACAAUACUUGAGGAAAUGGGAAAGGGUAAAGCAUUUCUCAGGCUUCAUUUAUAA